AUGUUCCCUCUACAUCUUACAUAUCUUCAAUAUGUGCAUCUCCAGAGUUUGCAACGUAUCAAACGGAUAAUAAGGAUUUACAGCCUCGGAUUAUAAUUCAUAUGCUUGGUGAUGGUGUUUUGGAAAACAAGAAUUAUCAAACAUGGAUGAAAAAAUUUGGUCCAAAUACUGAACAAUAUUGUUCACAAAGAAUAAUAUUCAAUAGCAUUGCGGAAAGUCAAUUAAAAUUGUCCAUGAUUGAUGAGGACCGAUUCCGUGUACCUUAUUAUUCCAAUCAACCCGAAAAACUAUUAGAUUCAAUAUUAAUUUUAUUUUUCAAAUGCGUAAAUAUCUAA